UUGCCUAGUCAACACAACCGGCUAAACACCUUGAGAGCUUAACCAUAAUCACCAAACAGCUCUCUGACUUUUCUCUAUGUUUGGAAAGCCCUCUGCCUCUCACACUGUUUUCAUGUAAACCCGUUAAUCUCUUUAAUUCUCCCCCUCCCAUUAAAUUGUUGUCACACAUUUUCUCAGUCUUUGCCAAGAAAAAUAUGGCCAAAAUUUGUGUGCUGCUUUGUUUCAUCCUCCUAGCUGCUUCUGGGUUUGCCAAUGUUUCUGGUUCUGAACCAAAGGAGAAGAAGGUUGGCAUAUAUGAGCUCAAGAAGGGGGAUCUUUCAGUCAAAUUCACCAACUGGGGUGCAACCAUCAUCUCCCUUGUCUUCCCUGACAAAAAUGGAAAGCUGGCUGAUGUAGUUCUUGGGUACGAUACAAUCAAGGAGUACACGAAUGAUACUUCAUACAUUGGUGCAAUUGUUGGACGGGUUGCUAACAGAAUUGGAGGAGCUCAAUUCACAUUGAAUGGAACUCAUUACAAGCUAGUUGCUAAUGAAGGAAAAAACAUUCUUCAUGGUGGGCUUAUAGGAUUUAGUGAUGUUGUUUGGAAAGUGCAGAAGUAUCAGAAUGAAGGCGAUGCUCCUCACAUUGUCUUCACCUACCAUAGUGCAGAUGGUGAAGAAGGAUUUCCUGGCGAUCUGCUAGUCACAGUAAGCUACACUCUCCUUGGAGACAAGCAAUUGAGUGUUAAAAUGAAAGCUAAGGCUCUAAACAAGCCAACCCCAGUGAAUUUAGCUCAACACACCUACUGGAACCUUGGUGGUCACAACAGUGGUGAUGUUCUGUCCCAAUAUAUCAAGAUCUUUGCAUCCCAAAUCACUCUGGUAGACAGCCAUCUCAUUCCCACCGGCAAGUUUGCAUCUGUGAAAGGAACCCCUUAUGAUUUCCUCAAAUCGAAAGCCGUUGGCAGCAGGAUCAACAAGCUGGCCAGCGGUUACGACAUCAACUACGUGCUUGAUGGCGGCGCAGGCAACAAGUUGAAGCCGGCAGCGGUGGUGUAUGAUAAAAAGUCUGGAAGGGUUUUGGAGCUGUCAACAAAUGCUCCUGGUUUGCAGUUUUACACAAGUAACUCUCUCAAGGAUGUGAAAGGAAAAGGUGGGUUUGUGUAUGAACCACAUGCAGCAUUGUGUUUGGAGACUCAAGGAUUUCCUGAUGCAGUCAAUCACCCUAAUUUUCCUUCAACGAUUGUGACUCCGAAAAAGCCCUACAAGCAUAAUAUGCUGUUUAAGUUUUCAACUAAAGCUCCGUAUGCCUCAUAAGUUUCAUAACAAGAAGAGUGUGCAUAUAACUCUUUAUUUGUAAUCUUGAGGAAAUUUUAUCGUUUUACCUUUUGUGUU